AUGUUUAGCAAUUCAGUAUCAUUUUUUCCAACAAAUUUAAUCACAAGUGAAUCAAACUUUACAUUGGACGUUGAAUAUCGAAUAAAAAGUCAUUUAUUUGUUAAAAUCACUUUAAUAUUAUGCGGUACAAUAAUAUGCACAGCCUAUUGGGCGUUGAUUUUAUUUAUUAGAAUUAGAUCUAAUGAUUUAAAGCGUAAUCAGUAUAAACUGUUUUAUUAUUUUACAACAUAUACCUGGAGUUUAUUUAUCCAACCUUAUGUUAUAUUUUCAUUUUUCUUAAGUAUAUACUGUCUGCUUAUUAUGUUAGAUGAUAUUGGAUUCUUACAGAAUGAUGUAUCAAAUCAUUUGUAUAACAUAUUUGACAGGAUUGCUUCAGCGGAAUUACCAACGGAUGAAAAAAUUGUGCUUAUAAAUUAUUUGGAAAAACUACAAUAUGAUUUUAGUUGUUGUGGUGCUAAUUCCUACAUGAACUGGUUACGAAAUAAGCAUUCACUUCCCAUGGAUUAUUUAAAAUAUUUUGAUAUCUCAAAGUAUACUGUACAACAGUUAGAAUUCGAUCCAUGGAAUUUAAAAGAAAAUGCAGAAUUUCUGCCUUUCAGUUGUUGUGAUCGUGAUAAAACUGUUUAUUGUUCAAUGGAGAUACUUAAUCCGAUUACAACCUUAGAUUCUGAUCAAAUUAGUCAUAUUGUACCAGUUUAUACACGAGAUUGUAUAACUUCUAUUACACUACAAAUAACAAGUGAGCUGAACUCUAUGGCUUGCAUAUAUUCUGUUGUGAAUAUUAGUCUGCAUUUAUUACAGCUGUUUAUGAGUAGAAAAACAUACGAAAUUAUUUCACCUAAUUUCCCAUGUAAAAAGUGGUUUUUCAUGCAACCAGAAUUCAAUCGAAACUUGACACCACCUUCACUAGGCUCUAUAGAACACAGUACAGGAUCUAUAACUCAUAAAACAGGAUCAAUUACACAUGUGGAUGGAUCACGUACUCAUCACGAUGGUUCAGUAUUAACUGCAGCCGGAGAAAAACUCCCUAAACCUAGAAAGUUAAUUCAUCGUUCAGGUUCUAUUACAGAUCGUAAAGGUAAUCGUAUUCAUCGAACAGGGUCUAAAACGCAUAAAGAUGGUUCAAGAACACACAGAACAGGAUCACGCACAUAUGCAGAUGGUUCAAGAAGGCAUAGAGAUGGAACUUUUACUCUUGGACCAUAUGAUACUAGGCAAGAUUGUAUGACUGGUCGUAAGGUAAAUAUUUUCUAUGGACCAGCAGGCUACAUAUCAACUUCAAAGUUACUUGACGCAUGUCAAAACUUUCAUCUGUACGCUAAACCAAGUGAACAGGAAUUGAAUGAUUUCUCCUCUAAAGUAAGAAAAAUUGAGAAAGACAUGAAUAUUGGAUGGGUACUAAAAGAUUCCGUUGAACAACAACCCUAUGCCAUAUAUGUUCCAAGAUUGAAUUUCAAAGUGAGGAAAUUAAAGUAUUCGCAUAAAUUUCGAUAUUAUCUACGUAAUCGCUUACCAUUGCUUGAAGCUUUACUGUAUGCCGAUGGGAAUGAUCUGAUCAAUACAGAGGCGAAUUACUUUUACCGAAGUUAUUUAAUAUUCAUACUACGUGCUAUAAUCUUCCUGAUUAUAGGUUAUCUAGCAAGUCUACUAAUAUUUGCAAUGAUAAAUAAUAUUCCGUCAACAAAUGCUUUAUUAGUUAAAGAUGAACACCGAAUUGAUGCAUAUUACAUAAAAUAUUCAUGGAUGGAUAUAGCAUCUAAUGAAGAUGCUUUAAAAAUUAUGGAAAUAAUUGAGAAACAAACAAAAGUGUGUAUCACAAUUACACUGAUGAUCGGUGCAUUAAUCUCACUACGUGUACGCUGUUUAUUAUUUUUAAUUAUACCAACAUUUGGAUUAGCGAUUGGUCAAAUCUACUUUGCUAAUCAGAUGAUUUAUACAACAUUUUUUGGCCCGUUGACAUCAAGUGAAUACAAUAUGAAGUCUGUAGGUAAUAUCUUGGAUUGUCUCAGUGAAUUGGCAUACAAUGUAUCAAGAGAUUUUAAUAAACUGAAUUAUAUAGAUCCUUCAGAGGAUAAUAUAACAAAGUCUUCAGCCGAUUUGAUUCUUUCACAAAAUCAACAAAUAUAUCCACCAGAUCAUGUUGCAAUCUCACCAUCACUGCUGGAUAUGAUGCACAGUACUGGGAGGAAUUUGAGUGAUGCAAUUGCAGACUAUGAGAAUAGUUUACCAUUACUAAAUAAUCUGACUGCAGACUACAAAGCAUUGACAGAGGAAUUCAUAAAUGCCUAUCCAGAUGAUACUAUUUCAGCACUGUAUAAAACAGAAGCAACAAAACUUUCAAAUGAAAUGAAACAAAGAUUAGAUGAAAAAGUUCAAAAGUAUAUAGCUAAUGCAAAAGUAUACAGUCGAAGAGAAAACUUAUUAAAUAAACCUAAAGAUAAUAUAGACAUGGAUAGUAUAUUUAAGAAUGUACAGCUAGAAUAUGAAAUGCUCAACAACUUAAUACAUACAUGUAUGAUUAUGCAUGAAAGAAAAUUUGCCAGUUGUUUAAAUAAAUCUCUGGUAGUAUGUGAAGAUCUUACAGAAAAACGUGAUAUGCAAGGUGUAUGGUUAGACGGUUUAUGUGAUAAACAGUUCGUUGCAGAAGAAUUCUGUGAAUCAUUUACUACUAUUCAAUCGGUGAGGAAAGAAUGUGCAGUUGAUAUAAUGCCAUUCGAUCUUGAAUCAGGUCUCGGCAGUUAUCUUGAACAAUCUUAUGAAGUACUGAAAGUGUUCAAUCGUUCACUGAAAGCUGAAAUAUUGGUCAAUGAAAGCCAGAAGAAUCAAGAAAAUAUGAAAUGGGAAGAUUGGACUAAAGAGAACAUACAUGUUGUUCAACAUGUGAGUAAAGCAUCGCCUAAUACCAUGGAGACUCUCUUCUAUUUCCUUUUAUUAUUGACUACCCUGCUAAGAUUAAGUUUUGUUCUACUAGUCUAUCAAGCACAUAAGUAUAUAUCAAAUUAUCUAUUGAAUGUUAACUUUGAUAAUUUAUAUUCUGAGUCAACAUGUGAGCUGAUUGAUCAAAAACGCUCAUCAGAAGGUAGACAAACAUUAUUCCCAUUGAAGUCAAGUGAGAAAUCGCUUGUUCUAUGGAGUAAAUUUGGUUAUACAUGGAUCAAUCUAAAGAAAGCCUUAUUUCGUUUAUUCUUAGUACUUAUUCUUGGCUCAGUACUAUUUUGUAUCUUUUAUUUAGAUCAACAUGUGCAUUAUUUGAUAAAUUUAUUGAAUAGAGUACUUGUAAGUUAUGCAGAAGAGGAUAACGAAAUACAGGAUGAAAUUAAAAGCUAUGAAGAUGCAGAAGGUACUUAUGCCAGAGUAACUGGAAGCGGAUUAUUUAAAGAAAUGGUAAAUAAAUUGCUAACAAACAUUGGAUAUUUAACAAAUAUAAAUUUAGAUUAUGAAAUGGAUCAUUGUACAGUACAGGCGUAUGAAACAGAUCCAGUGUAUAUGGUUUACUUUUAUUCACUAUGGAUAAUAUUUAUUGUAUUGUCAAUAGCAUCAAUUGCUUUAUUGCGUAUUCGGCAUAGAAUUGUUAAAUUUUUCUAUCCAGCACAAACAAGACGUCGUGCCGUAGCCUUAUAUAAUUAUCUAUUAACACAACGUCAUAAUCAACUGACUAAAUCACGUCAUCAGAUUAUACAUCGUGUACGACUUGGUCGUUUACAAGAAGAAGUUGAACGAUUAUCAAAACCAACAUUUUUAGCUAGAUUGUGUCCACAACUAGCUUAUCUGCUUGGCAUGGAAAAAGUCACCUGUCUUAUAUGUCAUGAACAAUUCCAACCGAAUCCAGAUAUACUUAUGUGUCCAAUAGAUAAUGCAGCAUAUUGUCGAGCAUGUAUGUUAACUGUUAUUAAGAAAGAAAAUAUAUGCAUAGCCUGUUUGGAUCGUAAUCCAAAGCAACUAUUCAAAGAGAGAAGAAAAAUUCAACGUAAGGUGAAUCGUUUAAGUCAAUCAGUGCGAAAUAGUGAUUUAUGA